AUGCUGCUGGACAUCCAGCGAGAUCACUCUGUGCACAAAUGUGUUGAAGUGCAGUGUCUCCGCCAGUGCUUUAUGAGAGGAUGCAAGAAUAUUUGCGGUGAAAAGGACCAUUUCCAUGGUCAACUGAACGAGUCGCGCAUGUUCGCAGAGGAAAACGGAGUUUCCAUUACACCAGAUCUGAGUGAAGACUCGGUGGAUGAUGCAGCUGCCACGCACAUGUGUCUCGGGAGUCACGCGUGUCCUGAUAUGUGCCAAGUGGAUGGCAUUUGCGAGCAAAAGGAAAAAAUCGGCUCGGACGGAUCCAGGUGCACGUGGAUCCUUCGAGCGCGUGGCAUUUACCAGAAUUGA